AUGAUGCGCUGGGCUGCCUUGGUUUGUGCUGUGGCGUUCAUGGGUGGUGCCCUGCAGGGCUGCGGUGAUGAUGAUGAAGGUGGGGUGAGUGGAGUUACUCAUCCUGACUGCUCCACCUUCAGCAAGAAUGGCGUUGGAGCUGUGACUGACGCGGCCUCAUGUCGCACCGCGUGUGUGACCGCCGAAGGGCUGGCUGAAACGAAUGGAGAGUUGGAGGACUGGAAGGGCAGCUCCGGGGAAGGCAAGUGCGAAUGUGCCACGGGCGGUGGAAGUCGACGAACUGCUUGUGAAGAUGCCAACUACACUGCCUCGUAA